AUGACCAGCUCCAUGAUGAUUGCUAAAAUGUUGCUCAGGUCUUUCUUGCUUCUUCAGGUGCUACAAACGAUAGUUUUAGCGCAGCGCACAGAAAUCUUUCCGCCAGGUCUUGAAUCUAACUUUGCUCCUGGUCUACAACAAGUAUCCUUAGACCAGCAAAAUCUUCCAUGCACUCUAUAUGACAACGUUGUCGAAUUCGCGGAUGGGACAGGAACAAGUGAAUGGACCUGUGAAGUUUUUGGCCAAGACGCCAAGAAUGCUGGAAGUAGCAAAAAAUUCUCUACAGCUCGGGUGGAGGGAAUGGAGCAUGUUCUAGCUGCCAAUCCAAACAUUCAAAGCGGAAAAACCACUCUUCUUGCACGAGGAGCUGCACUUUCCGAUUACAAACUGACCAUCGAUCCUGGUAUCCCGCUUACGUUCGGAGAAGUCGAUCCAACAGCUAACCGUAGACGACGAAGGCUUGCAGCCACAAGCGGCGCUUUAGAAGUCCUAGUGGUACGGGUGUCCACUAAGGAUUCUGUCUUGCCACAGUCAAAGGCAGAACUCAGUGGCGAUGUCUUUGGAACACUGGGAACCGGCGAUACCCUCAACUUGAAAAGCAUGGUGGAAGAAUGCUCCGCCAACGAGCUCAGAGUCAAUCCGGGCACCGGGACUGGCUCUUAUUGUGCCGAGAAUCCGGAUGCCGUCUUUGAUGUUCCACGCUCCGAUCUAGAUACCGUUUACAACUGUGAAUGGUUCACAAAAUUCCGCUUUGCUACAGAGGGAGAUUUCUGCCCUGUAUAUGGUGACGCUGGACAAACAUUUCCAACUGUGGAUGAUUCCAAAACGGCCAAGACUGAAUGUUGCAUUUGCGGUGGUGGAACUACUGUUAACUAUGACAACAACGUGGAGGACGGAGUCAUCGAUUUGCUAGUACCUUUCUUUGGCUACGGAGCCACUUACAAACAGGUCGAGACUGCUGCCUUGGAAGCGCUGGAGGAUCUCUUCGGUGUUGACAGGCUGGAUGAAAGGUUUGAUAACGUUAUGCUAUGCUUGCCUUAUGGGUCCUUCAGUCCUAAUGACACCACCAAUAGAGAUUGGAUCGCAUAUGCUGGGAUUGGAGGAUACCGUAGUGUGUACAAUAGUGUUGCUUGUUCCAAUGAAGUCACUCAGAUGCACGAGAUUGGGCACAACUUUGGACUUCGCCAUGCAUGGGACGGAGGUGUAGAAUAUGCGGACGAGACUGGAGCCAUGGGCUUCACAAGUGGGGCGCAAGAUGAUGACCCAUUCGGAAACAGAAAGUGUUUCAAUGGUGCCCACUCAUGGCAGCUAGGCUGGUACACUCCCUUCAAUGUUGAAUUCGAUCCCUUGACCACAAACUUUUCUGGGAAUCUAGUGGGGGUAGACAGAGUUCCCAAUGUGGUAAACGGUUGCGAGAAUGUUGUCUUGAAACUGAGCCACCCGAUUGAAGACUACUACAUUAUCUACAAUCACGCGGUGGGGGCGAACGAAGGCACAAAAGAAUACCAAAAUUUGGUCACGGUAACUUCCAUGCCCAGCACCACAACCCCCUACACCUAUCUCAAGGCGACCUUGGGUGAAGGUGCUGUUUACACAAUUCCCAACUGGGCCAACAGUGGACAAUCCGUGACAAUUACGGUGACAUCUAUCGACACGGAUGCUGCCACUGGAAGUGCGGUUGUUGAAGUAUGGAAAGGAGGACUCGGCGAUCGCCCACCGCCACAAGCAAGUGCUUGCGCGCCGGGUCCAGCUCCAGUGUUUGAUCCAACCUCAGGACCCACAAGUGGACCAACACCUGUGCCUACAUCUGGUCCGACUAAUGUUCCAACUAUUGAGCCUACACCUGUUCCUACGUCUGGUCCAACUAGUGGACCGACACCUGUCCCUACCUCUGGUCCAACAUCUGCACCAACAAGUGGGCCCACACCUGUUCCUACCGCUGGUCCGACGUCCGGACCAACCUCUGGCCCAUCAUUAGCUCCGAAUCCGGAGCCAACGUCUGGACCCACGUCAGGUCCCACGCCCGCUCCAAGUCCAGGCCCAACGUCGGGACCAUCGAGUGGGCCGACACCUGUUCCUACCUCUGGUCCAACCUCAGGACCAACAAGUGGCCCAACCUCUGCCCCUACAUCUGGUCCUACACCAGUACCCACAACUGGCCCUACAUCCGCCCCUACCGCAACUCCAAACGCGGAACCUACAACCUCUGGACCUACAUCUGGACCAACUUUGAAUCCAACGUCUAGACCGACGUCUGGUCCUUCAUCCGGACCGACGAGUGGCCCAUCCUCCGGCUCUACACCCCAACCAACUUCAGGUCCUACGUCUGAACCGACAUCUGGUCCUACAUCUGGACCAACCAGUGGUCCAUCCUCUGGUCCUACUUCAGCGCCCACCUCUGGACCGACAUCUGGUCCUUCAUCUGUACCAACGAGUGGCCCAUCCUCCGGCUCUACACCCCAACCAACUUCAGGUCCUACGUCUGGACCAACCUCUGGUCCUACGUCUGGACCAACCUCUGGUCCUACAUCUGGACCAACCAGCGGUCCAUCCUCUGGUCCUACUUCAGCGCCCACCUCUGAACCGACGAUUGGACCAACCUCUGGUCCCACUUCCGGGCCCACAGCUGGCCCUGUCUUGUCUCCAGUCGCACCUUCAGUUGCAUCCCCAGUUUUGUCUCCCGUUGCAUCUCCAGUUGCAAACGACGACGAGCCGGAAACCGAGGUGACUGGUGAUCCCCAUUUCAAGACAUGGAAGAAUGAACACUUUGAAUUCCAUGGGCAGUGUGAUAUUGUCAUGAUUUCGGACAAGGACUUUGCCAACGGCCUUGGCAUUGAUAUUCAUAUCCGUACCAAGAUUGUUCGAUUCUGGAGUUACAUCGAAAAGGCUGUCAUCCGCAUUGGCAAUGACAUUCUUGAAAUCGAAGGAUUGCCCGAUUUUUCUGCCAGCUAUUGGAUCAACUACGAACACAUGGGCGAGUUGUCUGAUCUAUCUGGCUUCCCUGUAUCCCUCAAUGAUAACACCGAUCGGUACACAAUUGAUUUGGGUAGUCUGUACCCAGGAGAAAAGAUUGUGAUCAAAACCUUCAAGGAGUUUGUUGGAGUGAAAAUUCUUGGUGGGUCUGAGACUUCUUUCGGAAAGUCUAUUGGUAUCACUGGUGACUUCAAGACGGGCAACACCUAUGCUCGCGAUGGAAGCACUGUAUUGAAUGACUUUACCGAACUUGGAAACGAAUGGCAAGUCCUUCCUUCUGAUGGACACUUCUUCCAUACAUUGUCUCGGCCACAGUUCCCAGAGAAGUGCAUGGUGCCAGAAAAUCCACAGGGAGAACGCAAGCGUCGAUUGGGUGAGAGUACUGUCUCAGAAGAACAAGCUGAAGCCGCUUGUGCUGGACUUGAAGAUGAGUUCAGCCGCAAGGGUUGCGAAUACGAUAUCUUGGCUACUCAAGAUUUAGAAAUGGUCGGCGCCUAUUAG